AGGGGAGUGGGGGCGGUUGCCGGCAGCGUGCUAUCCGCACGCACCUCGGGGCCGCCUCCGCGCCCCAGGAGCUCGGCUCCGGCGGUGGGCGGCUCCUUCUCCCUCGGGAGCCUCAGCCUCGCAGCAGGCUGCAGCACAGGCUUCACAAAGUUGACACAUUUUCCAGGCGGCUGCUUUGCGCCGGCCGAGAGAGUAAGAGGGAGAUCGCUUUGGGAACAUGGAGUUGCUGUGCUGCGAGGUGGAUCCCAUGAGAAGAGCUUUGCCGGACCCGAGCUUGCUCUACGACGACCGUGUUUUGCACAACUUACUGACGAUAGAGGAGCGGUAUCUGCCCCAGUGCUCCUACUUCAAGUGCGUGCAGAAGGACAUCCAGCCCUUCAUGAGGAGGAUGGUGGCCACUUGGAUGCUGGAGGUCUGUGAAGAACAGAAGUGUGAAGAAGAAGUUUUCCCUCUGGCUAUGAAUUACUUGGACAGAUUCUUAGCUGUGGUGCCCACUCGAAAGUGCCAUCUGCAGCUACUGGGGGCAGUGUGCAUGUUCCUGGCCUCCAAGCUAAAAGAGACAAUCCCCCUCACAGCAGAGAAGCUUUGCAUAUACACGGACAAUUCCAUCAAACCCCAAGAGCUGCUGGAAUGGGAGCUCGUGGUACUGGGGAAGUUGAAGUGGAACCUUGCAGCUGUCACCCCGCAUGAUUUCAUUGAGCACAUUCUACGGAAGCUGCCUCUACCUAAAGACAAGUUGGUUUUGAUCCGAAAGCAUGCACAAACGUUCAUUGCCCUUUGUGCCACAGGCAGAAGGACAUGGAGCUCAUUAGAAAUACUGCUCCAAAUCUACAGGAUCAAUCUUGAUUUUAACUUUGCCAUGUACCCACCAUCAAUGAUAGCAACUGGAAGUGUGGGAGCAGCCAUCUGUGGCCUUCAGCUUGAUGAUGGGGACAGAUCGCUCUCUGGUGACAGCCUAACAGACUUUCUGGCCAAGAUUACAAGCACAGAUGUGGACUGCCUUAAAGCUUGUCAAGAACAGAUUGAGUCGGUGCUAAUAAGCAACCUUAGGCAAGUCCGGCAGCAACAACAAAGCAAUCCUUCUAAGACCGUUGAGGAACUGGACCAGGCCAGCACUCCCACAGAUGUGAGAGAUAUCAACCUGUGAGGACAUCAGCACAGAAAGUCAGGCUUGUUCUCCCACCCCUUUUAUUUUUGUUACUAUUCUUAGAUUUAUUUUUUUUUUUUUUUCAUCUACUCCCACGUAGAGCGUAUGUAAAGCUCUUUUAGGUGAAAAAAACUGAAUAAUGAAAAAAGCAUUUGGUGCCCAUGAUGUUCUACAGAAGGGAAUCCCGCAGUGUAUUUGGUAAUUGUUAUUUGAUUAUGUAUCAUUGAUAUUAAAUGCUUAUAAAAGCAUACAAUAGCUAGAUAAAUGUAAGCCUGCAUUUGUGGGAAGAGAGUAUACUUGUCUGUGUAUUACAACUUACUGCAUACACCCCUUUUUUAGAUUUAAGAAAGGAACUGUGUGUGCAAUUUUAUGGCUUGACUAGAUUUCAAAGCAGUAGAAGAAGGGCUAGGACAAUGUGGGAAAAGGUCCCUGAAGCAACUGAACCAUUUUCAAUGCAGAAGAGAUUUGCUGAUCUGUCACCUCUGUUAGUAGUCAGAAGUGUUUGUUGGAUCUUUGUAUGUUAGUUUUGUUUACUCUUGCUGUCUAUGGUAGCUGCUACUCAAGAAAGAUGUUCUAUUUUGCCAGCUAGAAAAGAAGGUGUUUUUUUGUUUUGUUUUGCUUUAAAUUCCCCUCUCCCCUAUGACUAUUUCUACUUCUCCUUCAGAAAUGGUUCAUUCUAAACACAGCAGCAUCUUUGGCAUGAGGGCAAUCCCUUCUACCCAACUGUGGGCCAAGCUGAAGUUAUAGAGUACUCACGGUAAAUGAGGGAAAUGCAACAAAUAAUUUUGACAGUCGGCUAAUCAGACCGCCUCCAAACUUUGGAUAUCAAGAUGCAGUGGAUCCUCUGUGAAAAAGCAUUAUGUUCCUUUACAGAGAUAAUGUUUCACAUCCAUGUUAACUUUUGGCAGCUCUUCAGCUUCGUGUAAAGAUAAUUAAAUGAUGCUGUGUCCAUUUUCCUCUUUAACGUAUACUCACUGUGUUAAAGAAGGUGAGAUUUGGUGUGAGACCUAUCUACCCAGCUUCCUCCACUGCCCCGUCAUGCUUUUUGAGCAUUUCAGUAACUUUACUGAUCCACAGUGAACAUUAUUAUAAAUCAUUUCAUUCAAAAAGCACUUUGAAAAUUGUUCGUAAGGGAUUAAAUGAAAUGGUUUAUGACAUUUUUGCCAAGGAAAAAAAAAAAAAAAAGGAAAAGAAAAAAGACACAAAAGCAAAGCAUAUAGCUUUUUAUAGUCAAUAUUCUCCAGUAUCUGGUGUACUUUUUUUAGUUGUGGUGUUUCUGGAAAUACCAACACCUGCUUCAGGUGAGAUUCCCGUCAUGACAUUCCGGAUAAAAGCCUCAUGAUUUGUAUUGUUCAGUGUCACAGAAGGAUCUGAAUACCACCAGUAUGUUAUCCAUGGACAAUGAAAGAAAAUUUGCUGGUGCAAAAGAUAUAAGUGGUGAACGUUGAGGUUUGAGAGUUGGAUUUUAAUUACAAAGGUGUAUUCAGUGUACUUGAAUUUAUUUUUCUGCUCCAUCUGUAAAGAAGAGGCAGUUAGUUGGCAAAGAAGUUGGAGCAAUUUUUUUUUUUUUUUUUUUUUUUUUUGCACGAUUGUAUUAACAGUUUGCAAAUAUACAGAAUGAAGUUGUUGGUUGCAAUGUUAAUGGUUGCAAUGUUCAGACAAAGUCCAGAAAGAACAUGCUACUUUGAAGAAUAUUAUAUGAAUGGACUCAGCUGCAUUUGGCUAGAUGAGGGUAGAAGAUGGAGUAAAGUUUUGGUUAUUUGUUUGGGUGGUUGUUUUUUUUUUUGUGCGCUGCUAAGAAGCUAUGAUUUGUUUCAUUCUUAUUCACAUUAACAGUACUUAGCUGUAUUGUUUCACUGAGUGUGCUGCUAUUUUAUAAACGUUUUUAUAAUAUAUUAUUUUACUGCUUAAAUUUCAAAUCCUUGAAGUAGAUGGUUAAGUGGAGAUAUGAUGAAUUCUGUGAUUUACUGGAAAUGCCCUGUACAGGUUGGGUUGUUUUGUUUUUUUUUCCUAAUAGCUGUUUCAUGAUUUAUUUUUAUUUUUACUUCCUUUUUUUCUUUCUUUUUCUUUUCCUUCCUGAUCACAUCCUUCAAAGAUGGUAUACUUACCUCAGGUUUACUGGACAAGAUAAAAAUGGUUCCCAUUUUCACAAUACCUCACAACAUGACAGUUACUUAUUCCCUGCUGAAGGCCUCAGCAGAGCUAUCGGUGCAAGUGGCUGCUUAGGGCCUGUGCUUUGGUCAGUGGAACACAGUUGCACCAGCUGUGUUGGGGAAAAAUUGCAGCAAGCAGGGGCAUUGGCUCCCUUAUGGUCUUUCAUAGUGGAAAAAAUGCACUGGUUCAAGGGCAUAUCCAGGAGCACCUCUUGUGCCUCCAGACCCUAAUCAUGGACGCGUGGAUGAUGUGUGUGGUAGCUACAUGUCUCCCUCUGGGCACUCCAGCCCCUUGAGGUGCCCACACAAGCACAGGUAAUGCCUGACUCCCACAGGCUUAACAGCUUAGCAGCAGGAUGGCCGCCAGCAUGGCCGCACUCGGAGUCUUGCUGUUCAGAACAGCCAGCUCUGCCUCACAGCCCGUGUGAACAACCUGGCCCAGCUGCCUACUGUGCCUCAGUGGUCAAGUGUCAGCACUCUCCAUAUCCUCUCUGAGCCCUGAGCCAUAGUGCUCAAAACUGCUGCUCUGUGUGCAGAAGUCUCCAUCUUGUAAAGAGCCAACAAUAACUGCUCUUAGUGAGGCUUGAGGGCUCAAGUGCUCUUCCCCCAAGUGGCUUCAGGGCCACAGCAGCUAUAGGGAUGGGCAUAAUACCUCACAGCCUGCAAGAGCAGGUUUCAAACAGCUGUGUUGCUGAAAAAUGGUAACUGGAUGGUUUUGUUCUGACAGUGGCUUUUCACACUGAAAGCACAUAAAAUUCAGCAACUGCAUCACUCUUAAAUGAAAGAUAUUUAAUUUUUGGAAGCAUUGUGAUUAGGAAGACUCCAAAGCCACAUGCAGCACACGCAUGAGGUAAUAUUCCCUGACAGAUCAGAUCAGUCUCUGGCAGCUUUUGCAUGCACAAGUUUUUGUGCUAAUGCUUAAUGGAAAAGCAUUCAGACUGUGGGCAAAAUGUUGCCUUUUAGCACGGCUGCACAUAAAAAGCAUGGGCAUAAGAGCACUGUAAGCGUUGCACUUACAUGCUCUGCUCUUCUCAGUUCUGCUGCGCAGUGUGGCUGAGUAUAGACAGGAGAAAUAGCUGUGAGAACUGCCCUGCUCUUGACAAUUACAUGAAGUUUUCUGCCAUUUUUAAUGUGCCAUCAGGAUGUUGUAGGCUGUUGUAGUGGAAACACAGCCAAGUCAGUGGACUGAGGUGCAUGCUUUUUUGCCCUGACAGGUGUACUUGCAUGCAGGGAAUGAAGGCUGGCCCCAUGUUCUGCAGUGUCCUUGUCCACCACAUGGCUCCCCAUUGAGGCUUCUGUCUGCUGUGUCUGGCCAUGCAUGGACUGUACAUUCAUGGUUUCAUAGAUUUCACUAGAAAUAUUUGUAAGUGUUGUGGCUCUCACACCUCACUGCAGCUGCAGGGGCAAGUAGUAGGCACAAGAUUUGGUUUGGAAGCAACAGCACCUUGCAGGCUCUUGUGCAGCGGAGACUUGUCCACCGCAGAGCGGGCUCAUGCAACCACUGUGAGUGUUGGGAGCAUCAUCCACUGCGUGGCAUUCUUUAUAAGAAUGCGACAUACUUGUAAAGAACAUGAAUAGUUUCACAGGAGCAUUCAUAACAAAAAUAUUCCGUAGUGCCCCUUUUAGAAGAUGUUAACAAAAAAUACUGCUAUUGCAAAUGAGAUGUAUGAUUUUUUCUCUGAAUUGCAGAUAUCAUAAAAGUUUCCUGUGGGUUAAUUAAAAAAAAACAACUACUGCUGAUGUGCCAGAUGACUGGCCUAACUGAGUAAAGCAUUUGUCUCUCAGCUAUUUGUUGUUGGUAUUUUGAUCUUCUCCCUCCAAUGAAUGUAGAGUAGGAGCACCUCAUAAUCAAUUUAUUUGUAUUACCAACAUGCUCAUAAAAAAGAAAAAUAGUAUAUUAGAUAUUUAUUUCAGUGAUUUAUGUGCAUGUCUCUUAAAUACUCAGUGAACCACAUGGCCACUGGAUUUUUUCCACUAUGUUCAUUAGUAUUUUCUCAUGUACCUCAGAAAUCACUCUCAGUUGCACAGUUCCUGUUCUCAAGCUCUUUUUUCUUUUUUUGCUUUAAUGAGUGUGAUGAAAUAUCAAGUCAGCUAUUCUCUCACAAUAUGUUCUUUAAGAGAUAUGGAUGUUUAUAUGGUCAGGGAAUGCUAGGAAGUGUGGUAGUAGACAUGAUCAGCGUAAACAAAAGUAUUUAGAAAGUAUAUGAGAUUAUUUUGGAUGGAUAAGACUCUGAUACAGUAUAGUCUUGAUUACCUUUUAAAAGGUCUUUUCUGUUCAGUGUUGUCCUUUUUAUUAAUAAUCUGUUGUUUUGACUAGUUUAAAGAUGGUUUUAAGAAAAGUGUUCUGGCAGAAUUAGGUAUGCUGUAUAGACAAUAAACUCACCUUGACCUAAA